AUGUCUUUUACCCACACUGAACUUUCCUGCAAUGUCAACACUAACCUAUUUUCCAAAGCAGCUGUAGUUGUAAACAAACAAAAUCAUCCAGAGGCAAAAAUGGCUUUAUAUGACAAUAAAUACUGGCUUUUAUCCCAUAUAAGAAACUCCUUUAUCUCCACAGAUGAUACAGGAAUGUGUGAGCUUGUAAUGGUUGGGGAAGCGAAGCAGGUGAGAGAAAAUUUCUUCAGCAAAGAGUCUUUUCCCGAUCCAGAUGAAAGCGACGAGGAAGAUGAAGAUGAUGCUGGGUCAUACGAUAUUCAAAUGGAUGGCGACUACACGAUGAGGGAACGUUCCAUGACAGCCGCCAGACUGGAGAAGCUGGAAUAUUAUUCAAGAAAGGCUGCCAAAAUGAAGCACAUCAAGUGGGAGUCGCGGAAAAACGUCCAGGACGAACCUGACGGCGUAGAACCUCUUGAUGAGCUUUUUGUUAAGAAAGACACUGCCAAAACUCAACCUGAAUGCAAAAUCCAGAAAAAGUCGGCCUUAUCAGCUCUGAUUGAACAGUCCUCUAACAUCCCAGUUAAUCCCUACACUGGGUACGCGCGGUUUGAUGGGGCGGGCCAAAUCAACUUACCCACCAAAAAAUACAGAAUAUACUUGACGAUGCUGCCAGAACAACAAAGAAACUACCCUCUAAAUAUCUGUUGUGUGGCCGCUGCAAAAGUACUGGACUUAAUUGGGCUCAUAUUGCUGAAAUUUAGCACUAACUAUGCUGGCGACUAUGUUUUAAAACCUGCCCCCCAUUAUGGAUUGUACAUUACGGAGGAGGACGGAGAAGUGGACAGCGAUUUCCCCAAUCUGGACCCUCAAGAAUGUGUUUCGAAAUUCGGAUUUACUAGCUUAGGCUUGGUCGAGCAUGAGAAACCUUGCCAACCGAUCACUGUGGAUUCCCCCGUGCAAGUGACUAGUUUAUUAGACGGAUGUAAGAAGAGGACUACGUCCUCUUCAAGAGCAGAGGAAACCAAACAGGUUCAGAAUGACAUGAUGAUAAUGGAUGGCCACAAUAAAGCCAUGGAAGCGCCGCUGUAUAAAUCCUACACAGUCUUCAUAGUGAAUAAAGUUUGGUGGUGGAACAUCGAGGUUCAUCUUGGUAAGGACCGCUGCCUUUUUUUGCAUUUUGUGAUUGUAUUGAUUACAGGCAUCAGCAGCGAAAAAAUUGAAAUCGACCCCAUAACGCAAAAAAACUCCAAGCUAAAGCUAGGCAAACAGGGCCCAGUAAGCCAUCCAAUGGACAGCAUCGCCUGGUGCGAGGAAACAGACGGACGCGGCAAUAAGAGGACUUUCAGAGUGGUUUACUCAAACAGCUUUGGAACCGGCAGCACUGAACGGACCAAUCUUUAUUCGAACUCUUUUGGCCUGUCCUCGCCCUUACAGUCGUCGCCCAGCUUUAAGCACUACGACUUCGAAGCUGAGCGAAAUAUUGCGGAGGAAAUCGUUCAGAAGAUCAACCUCAUUCUGGAACUCCGAUCUGGGCAGAGCCGAAGAGAAUAUCUAGCUCUGAAGGACAAAAAGCAUUUGAGCAAGCGGAAACAGUUCAAGUAUUUGAGGUCCUAGUAUUUGGGCAAUUUGUGUCGCUGUUGUAAAUUGGCUGAAAGUUGAUUUUUGGCAUUUUUUACGCUUGUUUGCAAUCACUUAACAGAACACCGUUUUCAAAAUCAAUGUUUUAUUGACUGAUUGCUCAAAAAUGUAAUAGGGCUAUUUUUAGAAGUUACCUAUGGUUUUAUUGUCCAAAAACUUGAAAUUCUCCGGUAAAUCCGCCAGAUAAGAACCAUGAUAUGUGUGUCAACAUUAUCCGCAAUUCUUGUUAAGCGAUAAGACCAUUGAAUGUACAGUGUGGUAUAGUAGAGAGUACAUAUAUUCGCUUCAUGUAAAAGGAUUAAAGUGUUUUUAAAAAACCACGUUGUUUGCAGGAACAGAAACCGAUUAGUGCAAUUGAAAUGCAAACCGAAACAGGUUUUGUGGUUUUCCAAUGAUAAUUUCAGGCAAAAUAGAUCGACGCUUAACAUCAAGGUUCAUGAUUAAUGCAUAAAUGCGCCGUAAACCGAUUUUAUGGAGUACUACCAUAAACAAUCAACCGGUGUAAAACACGUUAGAAACGGUGCGCAAGGUGAAUACGAACGACAAACUAGAGGAUCCUCGGCACGUUAGUCAUCAAUAUGAAUUGCUGCGGAGCGCUGUUUUGGGCCCUGAUCCUUUGCACAGUUGCCUUUCCAAUAGCUGGACUAUGUGCGAUCGUUUAUAUCUUCCUCUAUGCCCUCAGUGGAUGCUGUCCAGGCUGUGAAGGAAUUUCCGAAACGUUUCUCUCGGGCGUUAAGCUCCCAGGCACAGCCGUCCGGAAAAUCGUCCAUUGUGAGUGUUAGCUGGUUGCAGUGCGAACCCCAGAAGAAUUUUGCAGUAUUCAUGUGCGAUUGUUUUAAUGAGUACAGCAUGACUUGUUCGAUUUGUAUAACGUAAGACAAUUUUUUAGUUAUUUAUUAAGGUGUUUAAAAUAGUGAUUUAUUUAUUUGUAUGACCGAGCACUUGGAAUACAUGGGAAAAACAUAUUAAAAAUGUUUUUAAAUGUCUGUAAUUAAACGGUUAAGGCCCA